UCUGCGCUUCCGUGUUUACACACCCACAGAAAACAGGACACACCAGCGACCGUCGGCCGAAUGUUUACCGAGCAAGCAUAGAGCGGUGGUGAGGAAAGUGACAGUCACACUGGAGGCUUGGUGUAUGGUGAAACACAGGUGAUUUCAGCUGCCACAGUUGCAUUUUACAGCGGAAUGUUCACUCGAAGGGGGCAUGGAGACGUCAAGAAAUCUACACAGAAAGUUCUGGACCCAAAGAAGGAUGUGCUGACCCGGCUCAAACACCUUCGGUCACUGUUAGAUAUCAUUGACAAGAGUGAACUGAAGGCGUUCUUUGAGAGCAACUGUUCUCAGAUUUAUUUUAUCUUCUAUGAAAAUUUCAUUACACUGGAAAGCAACUUAAAACAAAAAGGGAACAAAUCUCAAAGGGAGGAGCUGGACUCUAUUCUCUUUAUUUUUGAAAAAAUUCUACAGCAUCUGCCGGAGAAAAUCUACAACCGAUGGCAGUUUCACAGCAUAGGAUCUAUUCUGAAAAAGCUUCUACACACUGGAAAUUCCUUCAAAAUCCGCUGUGAGGGGAUCCGUCUCUUCCUGCUGUGGCUGCAGGCCCUGAGGGACAACUGUGCCGAGGAGCAGUUCCUUAUCUUUGCCUGUCUGGUGCCAGGAUUCCCUGCUGUGCCCUCCUCUAGAGGACCCUGCACCCUUGACACUAUCAUUUACAACCCCUUCUCCAACCCCCCUGAUGCCAAGGUGGUGCCUGAGGAGAUUACCCCACUAGUUCCAGCCGUAGUGGGAGAAAAAACUGCAGAUGACCCAACCUGUUACAUCCUUGAAACACUGCUCAAGUACAUGGUCAUCCAGGCAUCCAGUUUAGAAUGGAAGAAUAAAGAGAACCAGGACACAGGCUUCAGGUUUCUCUUCAGCCUGUUCAAGAAGUACUACCUUCCACAUCUAUUCCCCUCCUUCACCAAGCUAACAAACCUUUACAAGCCUUUAUUAGACCUCCCCCACCACAGACCGAAACCCUUGUAUGUGCCAGUGACGCGGAACAAUGAGAGCACCUUCUGCACUAGGGACCAAUACCUGGCACCCCGUGUGGCCUUCAUCACCUGGCUGGUCACCUUCUUCCUGGAGAAGAAGUAUGUCAGCAGUGCUGCUGCAGCGCAGAGUGCCAAGAACGGCACCGAGGUCAUUCCCAAACUCAUCCAGACUGUCACUGCAGGCAGUAGCAGCCAGGAGAAGGAUAAAGCUUCAGAUGGGGAUACAAACGGGCCAGUGGGGGAGCCUGAGAAGAGCCACUCCAACAGCAGCACGCUAUCAGAUCGACGGCCCAGCGACUCCAGUUUGUGUAGCAUUGAGGAGGAGCACCGUCAUGUCUAUGAGAUGGUGCAUUCCAUUCUACUGUCCACCAGGGACAAUGUCAAUUUUGUCAACGAAGUCUUCCACCAGGCUUUCCUGUUGCCAUCCUGUGAGGCGUCAGCAACCAGGAAGGUGAUCACAGUGUACAGAAAGUGGAUCCUGCAGGACAAGCCCAGCUUCAUGACAGAGCCUGAAAGAGCUACCCAGGAAGAUGAAGUGGAUGACAGCUCUGAGCAGAUGCUCAUCACAGAGACAAACAGCAUACAUGCACAAACAUUGGAGAGUCAUGGUCACAGACGGUCGUCCAGCUGGGGGAGGACCUACUCAUUCAGCAGUGCCAUCAGUCGGGGCUUUCUCACUGAGGAGCAGAACAGGGACGUCAAGGCUGGCAUCCAGCCCACACUACAGGUGUUCCUGACCAACUCAUCCAAUGUGUUCCUGUUGGAGCCAUGCCAGGAUGUACCUAAACUCCUGGAUAAUCAGGUUGAAGUGUGCAAGGGUGUUCUCAGCAUUUAUCGGCACAUGAUAAUGGAGCACACCAUGAAUACACAGACAUGGGAGCAGAUGCUGCAGGUACUACUGAGAAUCACAGAGGCAGUGAUGAAGAGGCCACAGGAAAACCAAAGAAAAGACAGCUUUGCUGAAAAUUUAGCAUCUAUACUAUUUAGGACCAUCAUUGUGGCAUGGGUGCGAGCCAACCUGUGCGUAUUUAUCUCCCGGGAGCUAUGGGACGAGCUGCUGGCAGUGCUGUCCUCUCUUACCUGCUGGGAGGAGCUGGUGACAGAGUGGGCCAGCAUCAUGGACUCGCUGACGGCUGUGCUGGCACGCUCUGUUUAUGGCCUGGACAUGGCCAACCUGCCUCUGGACAAGCUCAGUGAACAGAAGGAGAAGAAGCAGAGAGGACGUGGAGUGAUCCAGGACUCUCACAAGGGGGCAGCUGUUGCACGCUCAUUCUCACUCAGUUGGAGGAACCAAGGGGAACAAGUUGGGCCGGGAGUCCAGGAGCCCAUGAGGAUUCGCUCAGCCACUACUUCAGGAGCACCCGGUGUUGAAACAGCCCGUAACAACGUCCGACAGAAGGCAUCUGCUAAGCGAAGCCAGUCCAUCAGCAACUGUGUUCAUCUAUACGAGGCUUUGCCCGCUACUAAAAGUGUUCCUAUGCUGCUCCACACUGUGAGCUCUUUCUUGCCUGGUAUCUCUUCUGGUAACUCUACUUGCUCUCACAGACUCUCAGAUGUGGAGGAGUGUCAGCUGUCAGAGUGUGGGGGAGAAGAGGAGCUGGGAGGCAGGGAGAGCCCCCUGCCACGUAGCAGCAGCACCUCGGACAUCACCCAGCAGCUGUCUGACACUUUACCAGCCCAGAAGAGAGAGUACUCCCCUACUUCCUGUGGUUCUGACAGCAGGAUGUCUGAAGCCAGGAGAGAGAGCAAUGAGCCACCACUGAUCCUCAUCCGACGGAGCAGUAGUCCAGCCGAGACAGAGUGCAAUGUUGAGGGACACGCAAACUACACACGGCCCAAGCUCAGAGAGAAAAGUGAGAGUGUGAGUAGUGAGACGUCCAACGGCUACCUCAAUGAAGCUGAAGUUACCUGGCAGGCAUUUGAUGAGGAGGCUGACACACAGUCCACACAGUCAGCUCACAUGGACGUCACAGCUGAUCCCCAGAGCCACGGGAGUCUGCUGCUCAGCCACAAUGAGGCUCUAGCAGGUCCCGAGUGUGCCUUCCCUCCCCACUCUGCACCCUCCUACCACCACCACCAAAACCACUACCACUAUCCCCAGAACCCCCCUGCUUCACCAGCCCUGCUGGUGCACACAGAGUGCCCGCGGGACUGCCCCCUGGACGACACCAUACAUCAGUCUGUCUUACACAUGCCACACCACUUGGAUAGUAGUGAGUGUCUGGCUGAUGAUGUCAGCAUCAUAGCUGGUGGGACUCUGACUGGUUGGCAUGCUGAUUCUGCUUUUGUCCUGUGGAGGAGAAUUUUGGGUAUCCUAGGAGAUGUCAACAGUAUCCGCUGCCCCAAAAUCCAUGCCAAGGUCUUCUCCUGCCUUUAUGAGCUCUGGCACAAGCUGGCCAAGAUCAGGGACAACCUUGGGAUCAGUGUGGACAACCAGUCUUCUCCUCCCCAACCUGCCUUCAUCCCUCCUCUUCGAAUGCUUGCAUCCUGGCUCUUCAGGGCCACCAUGCUGCCAGCAGAGUACAAGGCUGGCAAGCUGCAGGCCUACAAGCUGAUCUGUGAGAUGAUGACCAGGCACCAGGAUGUGCUACCUAACAGUGAUUUCUUGGUGCAUCUCUACCACAUCAUGCACAAGGGCUUCACCAGUGAUGAUCAGGAUGUUUUGAACACCAUCAUUCGCUCCUGCUCUCCUCGAUUUUUCUUCCUUGGCCUGCCAGGCUUCACUAUGCUGGUUGGAGAUUUCAUCACUGCUGCUGCCUGCGUCCUCGCCUCUGACUCCUUAGAGGCUCCAAGGAUGGAGGCUCAGUCAAUCCUGGGCUCCCUUGUGUGUUUCCCCAACCUUUACCUCCAGAUUCCUGUACUGAAGCAUAUGCGUGGCUCUGAUGAAAUCAGUGUAGGCAAUGAGGAUAUCAAGGAUUAUCUGGUCAACAUUCUGCUAGAGACAGCCACGAAGGAACACUGUGAAGGGGCAAGGUGCAUUGCUGUGUGCAGUCUGGGUCUGUGGGUGUGUGAGGAGCUAAUGCAAAAAAGCAUUCACCACCAGGUUAAAGAUGCCAUCAAUGUUCUGGGAGUAACACUAAAGUUUGGGAACAAAGCAGUGGCUCAAGUGGCCUGCGACGUGUUUCAGCUGCUCAUCGCUCACUGGGAACACCUCCAGAGGUUGGAGUCCACUCUCCCGAAGAAAAUUAUUGAGAUCUUUGUGGCCACAAUAGCCUUUUUGUUGCCAAGCGCAGAGCACUCAACAGUGGAAGCAGACAAAAAGUUGAUGGUGUCGCUGCUGCUCUGCCUGCUGGACUGGUGCAUGGCUGUACCCCUGAGUCUGCUGCUGGAGCCCAUCACCAUGCCCUCACUGGAUGACCACACAUCCCAGAAGGCCCCACUGCUGGACUACAUCUACAGGGUGCUGCACUGCUGUGUGUCCGGUUCCACCCUGCACACCCAGCAGAGCCACUAUCUCCUCACUCUGUCAGAUUUGUCCAGUGACUAUGACCUCAUGUUGGGUCAGGUUAAGAGCUUCGAGCCACCACCCUCCCAGACAGCCAACACAGAGUUUGGCAACUUACUCACUGUAGCCGAAGAAAAGCGUCGCCGAAACAUGGAGCUGAUACCUCUGACAGCACGGAUGGUCAUGACACACCUGGUGAACCAUCUAGGUCAUCAUCCUCUGAGCGGUGGCCCUGCUCUUCUUCACAGCCUAGUGAGCGAAAAUCACGACAACCCAUACGUGGAGUCAUCCGAGUUGUCCUCUGAGGUCUUUAAAAGCCCCAACCUGCAGCUGUUUGUCUUCAAUGACAGCACACUGGUGUCCUACCUACAGAUACCAGCCGAGACACCUACUGUUGGACAGCCCCCAAAACCCUCCUCCCAAGUGCGUGUCAUUGUCCGAGACAUCUCGGGCAAGUACUCUUGGGAUGGUGCAAUCCUCUACUGCACCACGCAGGAAGACUCUGUUGAUUUGGGUGUUUUUAGUGCAGUUGACCAUCCUCUUUCAAUGACCACUACAGUCCCUCACAGCAGAAACCAGCCCAGUUCUCCAAUAAAGGGACCAUACAAAGAUCACUGCUCGGUCUCAGACUCGUUGUCUAGCUGUUGUGAGGAGGAUGAAAUCGAUGUUCUGGAUACACUUUUGGAGGACCUCGGCCACAGCAGCCCAGAAUGCUUGCCCCAGCCUCGACUCAAACUAAACCAGCCAGCCCCUUCACCCCACGGCAUGAACCUGGAGCAAGAGAGCGCCAUCCUGGAAGCCAUUCUCCGGCAGACCCAGCAGGAGGAGGAGCAAGUGAGAAGAUGGGAUGCUGAUGUCAGCUUUCGGGCUGCCUGCCAGAAGGAACCCUCCCACCAGGAACCAAAAGCUCCUUUUUACUUCUGCCGGCUGCUGCUUAAUGAUCUUGGCAUGAAUUCAUGGGAUCGCAGGAAAAGCUUCCAUUUGCUGAAGAAAAACUCUAAACUCUUAAGGGAACUGAAGAACUUGGAUUCAAGGCAGUGUCGAGAGACACACAAGAUUGCUGUGUUCUACAUUGGAGAAGGCCAAGAAGAUAAGUGCUCCAUCUUGUCUAACAGUGCAGGCAGCCAGGCCUUUGAAGACUUUGUAUCUGGACUGGGAUGGGAGGUGGACCUCGCCACUCACUGUGGCUUCAUGGGGGGCCUCCAGAGGAAUGGCAGCACAGGUCUAACAGCUCCUUACUAUGCUACCUCCACUGUGGAAGCCAUUUUCCAUGUCUCCACGCGUAUGCCAUCUAAUUCUGAUGACUGCCUCACCAAAAAGCUACGUCACCUGGGAAAUGAUGAGGUGCACAUAGUAUGGUCUGAACACACCAGAGACUACCGACGUGGCAUCAUCCCAACUGACUUUGGAGACGUGCUGAUAAUCAUCUACCCAAUGAAGAACCACAUGUACUUCAUCCAGAUCAUGAAGAAACCACAGGUUCCUUUCUUUGGGCCUCUAUUUAAUGGCGCCAUCGUCACAGGGACGCUGCUGCCAAGCUUAGUACGGGCCACCUGUAUCAAUGCCAGCAGAGCUGUCAAGUCCCGGCUGACUCUCUACCAGAGCUUCUAUGAGGAGCGGGCACUCUACUUGGAGGCCAUUGUUCAGAACCACAGAGAGGUCAUGACCUUUGAAGACUUUGCCUCACAGGUCUUCUCCCCCUCUCCUGGCUAUCCGAUAAGCGGGACAGUGUGCAGGCGUUGGCCGGGGAUGGUUUGGGACAUGGAGUACCCCUGGGCCAAACUGGACUGGUCCUUCACCGGCAGUGCGAGCACUGAAGCUGGAAACACAGCGACGGACACAGCCGACCAGGUGUCUCCCACGAUGCCCCGUGCCACAAAGAACCGAGUUUCCGGAAAACUCCGCCGAUCAGCCAGCGCUAUAAGCAAAUCCUCCAACUGAGCUCUUCAACCCGUCCCCUUUUCCCAGAGUGCAGCCUUUAAUCUCCUCUUGAAGAACCUCACACACCCAGCCGUGACUGCAAGAGUUUUGUUGUUUGUUUUUUUUUUUCUUGUGUUUUAUUUUUCAUCAUAAAACAAUGUAACUGGAGCAUAUUGCAAUUUUUAAUUUAAGUGGCAAUCGUUGAUUUCUGUCGAUACAUUUCAGUUUGUUGUGGUGUUUAAUUGCGUUAACUGAGAUGGACAGGAGACUAAGCUAUUUAUGUUCAUCCUGGUGGUUUCACCUUAAGAAUGAGCCGCAUAGGAAGACUUGAAUGAGAAGUCUUAAAGCAACCAGUGAUGAAAAUACAAUUUUUAUUCUCAUUUUCUAGUGCACUCUCAAUGCACUAGAAAAACACUUAAGGUUCUUACUAUAGUAAGGGAACGGCUUUACCCUGUUUCUGCAUCUCAUCCAUCUCCACGUUCAUUAUAACGAAGCACUGAAUGGCACAGCUGUAAAAGACAUGCUAAAACUGCACAAGAGAUUGUUUUUCAUUUUUACAUUUCUGCCUUUUCACCUCUUUUUGCAUCGACCACGGCCUUCCUGUGUCAAAAAUACCACUUCAGUUAGUGACAGAGCGAUGAAGAUCCUGGACAGUAGCACCAGUUUGGACUUUUCUUCUCACAGCGGAAAGGAGAAAACACUGAUAAAUAGAAAACGCCUCUCCAGAAUGAUUCCUACUCACUGCACUACUGCACAGUCCAUGUAGCAGUCGGAGGCUUUUUAAUUGUUUUGAACCCAGAGUGGACAAUCGAUGACGUCUUUCUAACUUGAGCUGAAACUAAAUGUGUUUUUUUUUGUUUGUUUUUUUUUUACUGCUCUCAUUUUCCUUUUUAAAUGAAUUCCAAUGGAUUGUGUCACGAUUUGAUUUAUGCAACUCCGCUGGAAUGAGAAAAGACUGCGUUUGUAAUUGUUUUCUGAUGUCAUUAACAUAGGCUCAUGUCCGGUAAUUGAAUAAGUUCCUCCUGUCUCUUUCCUCUGCGAUCAGUUUCCCUGUCCUGUGAAGCGGAGACAACGACAUUCCAACGUUCCCAACCAACCAUUGUUUUUGCACUCGCU